CCCCGGAAAUUUUUGAUUAAGUGGACUGGCCGGAGCUGUCGACGCCGCGACAGUGUUAGCUUAUAGCUUGCUUGCUGCCCGGCCGCUUGUCCUCCUGCCAGUCCCUUCAGUUCCUCUGCCAGUGCAGACUUCCGUCGCGCCGAUCCUGUCUGCAACCGUCGGUUCUGUCCGCCACUGCGAGGGGUCUGCCCCCAUUUCUUGUCUGCAUUUAUUUCUCCUCUCCUCGCUAGUCUUUCUUUGAUUCUGUCAGCUGAAACCCCGACAUUUGUAAGCAUGACGGUUACCCAGAACCCUCCUCACGAAGAGGAUCGUGUCGUCCGGAGCGCAGAUCAAGACAAGGACCUGUUGGUGAAUGCGGAGAAGAUGACGCCUUCCGAUGCCGGUGUUUCGUCCAGAGAUGGUUCGGAGAAGCCCGAUGCCAUCGAGUCUCCCUCCCAGGCGUCAGAUGAACAGCCUGCUGCUGAGACGACCGGGGAUGGAUCCUUGGAGAAAGCUGGGCCCGGUGCGCCGCUGGAUCGGGUGCCGUCGCAGGCGCAGAAGCUGGGGAAGAAGAAGAUCGUCGUCGUGAUGACUGCACUUUGUCUCGUUUUGUUCCUAGCAGCUCUGGAUAUGACAAUUGUCUCGACAGCCCUACCAACAAUCGCAACGCAUUUCCACGCCUCGGAGAGUGGUUACUCAUGGAUUGCAUCGUCUUACAUGUUGGCCAAUGCGGCCUGUGUCCCCUUAUGGGGCAAGAUCAGUGAUGUCUGGGGCCGGAAGCGCAUCAUUCUCAUCGCCAAUUUCCUGUUCCUCGUGGGCAGUUUGAUUUGCGCGCUGGCUGUCAACCUCCCCAUGAUCAUCUCGGGCAGAGCGAUCCAGGGCGCGGGUGGCGGUGGUAUCAUCGUGCUUGCCAACAUCUGUGUCUCUGACCUGUUCAGUGUCAGAGAUCGCCCCAUGUACUACGGUAUAUUCGGCUCCACAUGGGCCAUUGCAGGUGCUCUCGGCCCCAUCGUCGGCGGUGCCUUCACCACAGACGUGACCUGGCGUUGGUGCUUCUACCUCAAUCUCCCCAUCGGCGGUGUCUCCUUCGUCAUCCUUGUCUUCUUCCUUAAGAUAGAAACCGGCAAGGUCCCCUUCUGGGCUGGCAUCCGCUCCAUCGACUGGACAGGCAACAUGCUCAUGCUGGGCGGUACUCUGAUGUUCCUGUUCGGCCUCGAAUUCGGCGGCGUCAACUACCCCUGGGACUCAGCCACCGUGAUCUGUUUGAUCGUCUUUGGCGUCGUGACCUGGGCUCUAGCCUUCUUCAACGAAUGGAAACUUGCCCGUUACCCCGUGAUUCCAAUCCGGCUAUUCAACAACCUCCACAACGUCCUCAUGCUCCUCAUCUGCUUCUGCCACAGCAUGGUCUUCAUCUCCGGCUCCUACUACCUCCCCCUCUACUUCCAGACCGUCCUCCUGGCCAGCCCCAUCAUGAGCGGCGUCUACGUCCUCCCCACCGUACUCAGCCUCUCCGUCUUCUCCGCCAUCACCGGUAUCAUCAUCAAGAAGACCGGCCGAUACCGCGAACUCAUCAUCGGCGGCCUCUUCCUCAUGGCCCUCGGCUACGGCCUCCUCAUCGAUCUGAAAUACUACGCCUCCUGGCCCCGCAUCAUCAUCUACCAAAUCAUCGGCGGCAUCGGCACCGGCCCUCUCUUCCAAUCCCCUCUCGUCGCCCUCCAAGCCAACAUCCACCCCUCCGACAUGGCCGCCGGCACCGCCACCUUCGGUUUCCUCCGCCAAGUCUCCGCCGCCAUCUCCAUCGUCCUCGGCACCGUCAUCUACCAGAACGUCUUCCACGAACAGAUGCCCCGCGUCACCGCCGCCAUCGGCCAAGCCAAAGCCACCACCCUGGAGAACUCCUUCUCCGGCUCCGCCACCUCCCUCAUCAAAGCCCUCCCCACGGACGAGAAAACCGUCGUCCUCAAAGCCUACACCCUGGCCCUCAGCCGCAUGUGGAUCUUCUACUGCGCCAUGGCAGGUCUCGGCCUCAUCGUGAGUCUCUUCAUUCGGCCCGUGGUGCUCAGCAAGUCACACACCAUCGCCAAGACCGGGUUCGCCGAACAGGAGAAAGCCCGCCAGGCCGUUCUGGAAGACCAGAAGAGGAAACAGCAGGCGGACGGGGGAGAGGUGAGAGGGAAAGAGGAAGUGUGAUUGAGUUAAUUCUUAUAUAUACCAAUCAUAUCGAAUUCAUCAUACAUAAUUCUCUCCUCCGAAACCGCCUUUCCCCGGUUCUUCAGUUUCCUGUGAUUGCUUCUUUGUUUGACUGAACAUGGUUCACACAAUUAAAAGGUUAGAGUCUGGUGUACGGGUUAGAACACAACCUCCUCCCUUCUUCCCUCGAUUCUUCCCUUUCUCUCCACAUACACACAUACUCUCUCCGCCUCUCUCUCUCUCUCUCCGUGUGUGAUGGAGAAUGGUCACUCGAGUAUGGAACAAGAAAGAAACGAAAUUACUCAACUUAAUUUAAACCCCUAAUACCCCUCCUUCAUUCCAACAGCACAAUGAUACACCAAAAGCAUCCCGAUUACAUCUACAUCUACAUUUACUAGUCACUCAGUUAUUCCGUAUUCAACAACAUCUGUUACUC